CAUCGCUACCAAUCGAGGAGCAGGAGCUCGCCCUGACCCAGGGCCUGCAGGAUCUCCCAGCAGCCGCACCGCUGGCUCUCCGACAACACCGACACGAAGCCCAGAGCCCACCUCACGCCGCCAUUGCGACACCGGCUCCUCCUCCUCCUCCUCCCCUUCCGGACAGCAACAGAACCUGAGAAAAGUUCCGACGCUGAGAUCACGGAACGUUCGUCGUUUUCUCCAUUCGGGCGAGAGAUUCCCGCCAUCAAAUACAAUUCCAGAGGCAUUUACUGAUCCAAGCAUUGCUGGCAAGUCCAACAUUUAUCUCACUUCCCUAAUCGUUCUCGAGAAGGUGGUGCUGAGCUACCUUCUUUAGCCAUUGCAUUCCUUCUUGUGGAGGUGCUCCCAACAGAAGAACUGAAGCUAUUGGAAAAGGAGUUACAGGCUUUGGACCUAAUAACAGUGAAGGAAAAGUAAUGAGUUGCCAGGAAUCAAGAAUUCACUGCCGCGCACAAAUACGAAAAGGAGCCCAUGGAAUAAAGCAGUCUUGACGUGCAAAUGUUUAUCAAUUUCUACACAAGGCAACAGUGAAACAAACCCAUCAACAAGGAAGAAGACAAAUGUAGAUUUACCACAGAACUUCAGUCAAGCAAAUCUAAAAUGGAGCAGGAAGAGCAAGUGGUCUUGCAGGAAUUAGUAGGCAGAAUUACUGUUUACACCAUUACAGGAUGUCUUCAUUGCCUUAGAGCAAAGGCUCAACUGACCAAUAUGGGUCUCCCAUUCGUUGAAGUUAAUAUAAAGGAUAAUGCUGAAUUACGGCAGCAGGUUAUGGAUCUCACUGGGCGGCGUACUGUACCACUGAUAUUCUUCAACAACAAGUUUAUUGGAGGAAAUGAUGAUUUUCAGAAAUUGUCACAGGAAGAGCUUGACAAACUGAUUGAACUAGUUAAACAUGAGGCUGCACCUCCUGAUGCACCUCCACUCCCUGAACAGGAAAUUGUUGAAGAAGAAGAACCGAAAGAAGAACUGAAAAGUGAAAGAGAUGAAUUUGCAGAUCUGAUUGUGGAAUUCAAGCACAGUGGCAAUAUUGGCAAUCACUGGUCAUGUCUAAAACUCCACCACAACACCUUUACUGGCAAAAAACUGAUUGCCUGGCUGGUCAAUAAUAAAAACCUUGAUAAACCUGCAGCAAUUGAAAUGGCGAAAGAUUUGAUAAACAGGAAAUUUUUAAAUCCUCUGAGUGAAAAAGGAUUUGAAGAUAACGACACCCUGUACAGAUUGGUGGAGCAUGAUUCUGCAUCAGCAUUAAAUUCUGGAGCUACAGCAGAAUUUCGAGCAGUUUCCGCAUCUAGACAUUCUGAAGUUAUGAGAGAUUUAAUUCUGAAGCUGUUCUCAGAACACAUUACACCUGAUGGCAAGUUUGUAGAUUACAAAUCCAUGGUUGGUAGUCCAACUUUUGAGGAGUAUUGCCAACUUGCGAUACAGCUGCAGCGUUUGAAGUUUGAUGAUCUCAGUAGAAAUGAGAAACUGGCAUUCUUCAUCAACGUGUACAAUGCAUUAGUGAUUCAUGGAAAUAUUAAAUACAAACCACCAAAGAACAUGUGGCAGAGAUAUAAAUUUUUUAAUUCUGCAAGUUAUGUAAUUGGUGGAGAAGUCUUUACACUACAAGAUAUUGAGAAUGGUGUACUGCGUGGGAACCAAAAGGGCAUUGCUCAAGUGACAAAACCUUUCUCAAAGGGUGAUCCACGUCUCAAGGCUGCUCUGGAGGAAGUGGAACCACUUAUUCAUUUUGCUUUAAACUGUGGAGUCCUAAGCUGUCCUGCCAUCAAGACCUACUCUGCCAAGGACAUUGACCAGCAGUUAAAGAUUUCAGCUGAAGCAUUUCUCGAUGGUGCCGAUGGCUGUCAAGUUGAUGUGGCCAAAAAGGAAGUUCGUCUGAGUCAAAUUUUCAAAUGGUAUAAAAUCGAUUUUGGUGGAACAGAUGAAAAGUUGCUGAAAUGGGUGUUUGAGCACCUGCAAGAUUCACCAAAGAAGAAGGCACUGAAAGAACUCCUGAACCAUGGAACCAUCAAAGUUGGUUAUCUUCCAUAUGACUGGUCAACAAAUUCUAAAGACUGAUGCUGGCUUGGCAUGGAACUUAUUGGCUCUUGCCCAAAUCAUCCAAUCUACUGUAUCUCUGAAUUUCACGCACUGAUAUGCUUACCAAAUCAAAUCUGUUUGAAAUAGAUUCAUUUAUGAACUUCUGACGUUGCACUCUUUUAUAUUAUAUAGCACUCAGUCUAGAUUUGCACUAUAACUUCUUAUUUUCAACAACUACUUACCAAAUAGCUUUUAUUACAUCAGGAAACUGAACAGGAUACCUUUAAUUAUUUUCCCUUUGACCUUUUUGGACCAAAGCAUUGUGGGAUCUUGAAUGCAAAUAUCUGGAAGAAAUGUUAAUACUAGUAUUUCCAUUAUUUUAAAUAUUCUUUGAAAAUGAUUUUAUUUCUGAAUUUAAUAUCUAUUCAUUGAUUGCAAGAGAUGUACAAUAAAUAAUUUUUCUACAACUUGUAUUCUGAGCUUCAAUAAAGAGAUAAAUCUCAUCU